AUGACGGCUCUCGAAUCCCCUGCGGUGUCUCUACCCAAAUCCGGCCUUGUUGUUAAAAUGGAGGACCGCAAGCGACUUGCUACCCAGGAUCCCGGUGAUUCAGCUCCUCCCUUGAAGAAACAAGCCACUGCUGUGAAUGGAGGAGUCAAGGCGCACCCUGACACUGAUAUGCCAUGGCGCGAUGAUCUCGAGCGAUACCAAAAGGAUGCAAUCUGGAGACAGAUGCAAGAAUAUAAACGCGAGAAAACAACUCUCGAAUCCCGGAUAAAGGAUUUAUCUAAGAAGAUGGCGUAUAACGAGGAACACGUUAGUGUUGUCGAUGCUUGGCUUAAACAGUUAAUUGAUGAAGUCAAAGUUAUAUCGUCUUCGGUAGAUGAAUCGACUGAAGACAACCCCACGUACCAGACAUCGUUGCUCUUCACUGGCCAUGAAUCAUUCGAGAAGCACCUACAAGACCGUGCAGCUGAAAUUAAAGAUUCAAUAUCUCGCCUUCUCUCAAAUGCGGCCAAGGCCACUCCGGAUAUCACAAGCUUGCAGUCUAAACUGGCAAAGAAACUCGCGGAUGAAAAAGCUGUCAAUGUAGCAAUUGAGAAAGCGAUUGCAGAAAAACAACAACUUGAAGAACGACUGGAGGCAGCAUCACUGAGAUAUAUGGUAGCGGAGAAGAAGAUAGAUCGGGCUAAAAGUCUCACCGUUGCAAGGCUCGAAAAGCAACAUAUUCUCGGUCCCCAUAAGUCCGGCGAUACCUCUACAAAGCGAGAGGAAGGACCAUCUAUUAAUGGAACAACAGAUAACCCGGAAAAGGCCACUGAAAUGGAAAUGCUGUAUAAUACUACCCUUGCCGUUUCCAACAAGCAAAAAGAACAGCUUGAAAAACUUGAAACAGACAACUCGAAGCUGCUGACCCAGAUUACGGAGCUCCAUGUCAAGCUUUCAAAACUUUCUGAUGAGGAUUAUGCCCAUUGCGACCUGUUUAAGCAAUUAAAAUCUCAGCAUGAGGAUGUAAUUCAACGAAUCAACCAUUUAGAAGCCACUAAUAUUCAGCUACGUGAGGAAGCCGAGAGACUUCAAGCCGAGCGGACCGCAUACCGAGUUCAAAUUGAAAACGAGGCCCAGACCACUAUUGGGGAAAAAGAAGCCCAGCUAUCAAAAACGGAAACUAACCUUGCUCGAAUUCGAAAUGCGCGAGACGAGUUGUUGGCAGAUCUGCAGAUGCGGAAGGCUGCAGAAGAUCAGGAAAGAGCCUCACUAACCCAGUUAAAAGAAUUGUUAGAGGCCCGAGAAUGCAGAAUUACGUCCUUAGAGCAGGAAGUACAAAGAGUACAACUACAAAUCGAUGGAGUUAAGGACACCCGGCCAAGCACGAGCGAAUUGUCACCUGAAGAGCUUCGGACUAAGUUUGAUACCCUUGAAAAGCAGUAUGAAAUGCUCAAUAUGGAGUUAUCAUCCAUGCAGAUGGCUUUCCGAAAGUCCUCAAAGCUAGCUUCUCAAAAAAUUGCUGAUACGGCUGCUGCAGAAGAUAAAGCCCAACGCUUGAUGGCUGAGAAGUCUAAGGCUGAUCAGAAGUACUUUGCGGCUAUGCAGAGCAAAGAAGCUCGGGAUGCAGAGCUAAGGUCUCUUCGGUUGCAGAACAUGAAGAGUUCAGAUAUCAUCUCACAACUUAAGGAAGCUGAGGCAGCAACCAGGACUCUUGUUUCAAAUGUUGAAAAGCAGCUAAGCGAGACGAAAGAAGCGUUGCUUACUCUAACAAAUCAAUAUCGAACAUCUCAGCACCAAGUCAACGAAGCCACCAUUGUCAUCCAAGGUUUGAAAUCACAAGUCACCGAGCUAAAAAACCAAUUAGCGACCAAAGAUGCGACGCUUACAGCAGCCACAAAUACUUGCCGAAAGGCUGAGAGCGAGGUUGAGGGCCUCAAGGUUACUCUUUCCGACACUAAGAAGAGCUUGGAGUCGUGGAUGAACCGUGGUUUGGGAAAUAACACUUCUGAAUACGAGAUGCUCAGGUCUCUCGCACUUUGCACAGUCUGCCGACGAAAUUUCAAGAAUACUGUCAUCAAGACAUGUGGCCACGUCUUCUGCAAAGAAUGCGUUGAAGAGCGAUUGACCUCUCGGUCUCGCAAAUGCCCCAAUUGCAACAAAUCUUUUGGAAGCAAUGACCAUAUGCAUAUUACCCUUUAA